AUGCCCCACCAAAGCGAAAUUGCCUUUGGCUUCCUGGACCCGCAAGUUGUUGUUCGUGGGUGCCAUUUGAUUCCUGCCUUCAGCCAUGGACGCACAACCGAAUAUCUACCGAAAUCAAUCGCUCGCCCUGAAGCAGCAUCGGAUCAAGACUGGCGGUUUUAUUAUGUGAACAUGUUGUCGAUCGAGACAUGCUUAUGCGAUACCACAAAACGGCAACGGCAACGGCAACUUGCCGACCUUCGACACAAUCUCUUUGGCCGGCAUCCUGGCCGUCUUUUGUACUCUCGCUACCGCCCCGACCCAGCUCCGAUUUGCAAACCGAACCGCCUCCCGCUCUUCCGCCCGUUAAACCGUGACAUAAAAACGGGUCCGCAAACGCUCAAGAACGCAUCUCGGUCGCCUUCAACGACUGCUUCAGAACUCGCCGCCACUUUCUCAGCACUCGGGUUGACGAUGGCCGUUGUCACCGUCACCGUCACCCAUCACCCACAUUCACCAGCGGCGAGCGAUGAGCAUUGCCGCAUCCGGCCACGGGCCGGCCCGUUCUCAAGAUUGGACACUCCAUUGACUGUUGGCGUCGUCUGCGCCAGCACCGAUCGCAUUGCAACGGCCAAACCUUCACUCUGCUACUGGCUUUUGCCGUCCCCAGUCGUAUUCUGCUUGAACGAAUCAUCCACGACUACUUCGAUUUCAUCUGCCACAGCUGGCUGGGCGCAGUCUACUGCCAAUUUUGCGACCAACGACAUUUUGAAUACUUCGACGCUGAAAGCUGCGGGCCCUUAG